AUGGCCACAAUGUUUCGCAGAAACGUGCACCUCGCCGUGGGCUUGAUGGCGCUGGGGGCGACCACAGCGGCGAAGGCGGACUCGACAACCGACGCGGUGCCCACGACGCUCGCGACGGCCGCGGUCAGCACGACGACGACCUGGACCAGCCUGGACAUGGCGAUCCCGUACCCGUACACGGGCCCGCAGUUCAGCCUGACGGUCGGCGGCGACGACCAGCAGACGACGGCCGUGCUCUCGCUGCUCUCCAGGAACCCCUGCGGCGGCGGCACCGACUUCGCUUCCACCACCACCGUCGACCUGCCCGUCGACUGCCGCGGCGCCGCAGCCCUCUCCGUGUCCGUCUACCACGCGCGCUGCCCGCUCGGCCGCGCGGGCCCGCCCGCCACCGUUGACACGGUCACCGCGACACCGCGGACGCGCUGGGGCUUCACCUGCGCACCCACACCCGCGCCCGCCUCGCAGUCUUCGUACCAGCUCGCCGACCUCACACGCACCCUCCCGGUCCCAACGGUUCGCGCAGACCAGCACCCGACGGAAACGCCCGUGGCGCUCGCCGCGCUGCACCGCGCCGACGGCACGUGCUACGUCAGCCUCGACCUGAUGCCCGCCGACGGCGGCAGCCGCGAGGACCUGUUCGCGGCCGUGUCGGCGUCGUGCUCGGCAGCCCGCCUGCACCCCACGUCGUACGCCGCUACCGUCACGUCGACGGUCGCGUUCGCCUGCGACGGCUGCCAGUAUGUGCGCGGCGGCGAUAUGCGCCACACGUGCGCGCGGUCGUUUUCGAGCCUUGAGCCGCUGGCGUCUGAAGUUGUGGUCGCGACGGCGACGACGAAGUGGGCGUAUGAUUGCCUGCCGAGGAGCUGA